UAGCAUUUCACUGAUACCUAAGGUGUUUUUUUCCUAACCUCUCUGCUCUCUGGUGAUAGGCUAUCCAUUCUGACAAUAACUGAGAAUGUUUCUGCCUGGAAGGAAAGAUGACAUCAUCAGGGGUUCUUUAACUUAAAGAAAAGGCAAGAUUCGCGCAGCUUUCCGGAAAUAAAUUGCGGUUGUGCGCAUGCGCCCCUUCGGUGUGGGCAGUGCGGGUGUGAUGCUGGGGGAGCAACGACAUCUGGAAUCAUCUUUCAGAUGAAACACUUCAGGUGCAGAGUAUCCUGGACACUUUUAUGGGGGUGUCUGAAACAGCUUCCCUUGUGACUGAACUUCUAAAUUUUCCUGCCUGUUAAAAGAAAGAAUGCCUGAAAUAAAAGUUACUCCUUUGGGAGCUGGCCAAGACGUGGGCCGCAGCUGCAUCCUGGUGUCCAUCGCCGGGAAGAACGUCAUGUUGGAUUGCGGGAUGCAUAUGGGUUAUUAUGAUGAUAGGCGCUUUCCUGAUUUUUCCUACAUCACCCAGAAUGGGAGGCUGACCGAUUUUCUGGACUGCGUCAUCAUCAGUCAUUUCCACUUGGACCACUGCGGGGCCCUUCCGUACUUCAGUGAGAUGGUCGGCUACGACGGGCCCAUCUACAUGACCCACCCGACCAAGGCCAUCUGCCCCAUCCUCCUGGAGGACUUCAGGAAAAUCACCGUGGACAAGAAAGGGGAGACCAACUUCUUCACCUCCCAGAUGAUCAAAGACUGUAUGAAGAAAGUCGUGGCCGUCCAUCUCCACCAAACGGUCCAGGUGGACGACGAGCUGGAGAUCAAGGCUUAUUAUGCAGGGCACGUUCUUGGGGCAGCCAUGUUCCAGAUCAAAGUCGGCUCUGAGUCUGUGGUUUACACUGGUGAUUAUAACAUGACUCCAGACCGGCACUUAGGAGCCGCCUGGAUUGACAAGUGCCGCCCAGACCUGCUCAUCUCCGAGUCCACCUAUGCCACCACCAUCCGGGACUCCAAACGCUGCAGAGAGAGGGACUUCUUGAAGAAGGUCCACGAAACGAUUGAACGAGGAGGGAAGGUCCUGAUUCCAGUGUUUGCCCUGGGACGUGCACAGGAGCUCUGCAUUUUGCUGGAGACCUUCUGGGAGCGCAUGAACCUGAAGGCCCCCAUCUACUUCUCCACCGGCCUGACGGAGAAGGCCAACCACUACUACAAGCUCUUCAUCACCUGGACCAACCAGAAGAUCCGGAAAACGUUCGUCCAGAGGAACAUGUUUGAGUUCAAGCACAUCAAGGCCUUCGACAGGGCCUUUGCCGAGAACCCGGGGCCGAUGGUUGUCUUUGCCACACCCGGGAUGCUUCACGCGGGGCAGUCCCUCCAGAUCUUCAAGAAAUGGGCUGGCAACGAGAAGAACAUGGUGAUCAUGCCCGGAUACUGUGUACAGGGCACCGUGGGCCAUAAAAUCUUGGGCGGCCAGCGGAAGUUGGAAAUGGAAGGUCGACAAAUUCUAGAAGUGAAGAUGCAGGUGGAAUACAUGUCCUUCAGCGCCCACGCCGACGCGAAGGGCAUCAUGCAGCUCAUCCGGCAGGCCGAGCCCCGCAACGUCCUCCUGGUCCACGGCGAGGCCAAGAAAAUGGAGUUCCUCAAGCAGAAGAUCGAGCAGGAAUUCCACGUGAACUGCCACAUGCCAGCCAACGGAGAAACAGUGACCGUGUUCACCAACCCCAACAUCCCGGUGGACGUCUCCCUUGCGCUGCUGAAGAGAGAGCGUGCAGUUGGUCUCCUGCCGGACUCCAAAAAGCCAAAGCUCAUGCAUGGGACCCUGAUCAUCAAGGAUGACCACUUCCGCCUGGUUUCGCCUGAGCAGGCCCUCAAAGAGCUGGGUCUGGGGGAGCACCAGCUGAGGUUCACCUGCCGGAUCCAUUUUCAGGACCCCCGCAAGGAGCACGAGACAGGGCUUCGUGUCUACAACCACCUCAAGAGCGUCCUGAAGGAUUAUUCCGUGCAGCAUCUCUCCGACUCCUCGAUCAUGGUAGAAUCCAUCCUGAUUCAAGUUACUGUGCAGUCAGAAGAUCCUGCUACCAAACUGCUCCUGGUGUCGUGGACGUACCAGGAUGAAGAAAUGGGAAGUCACGUGACCUCCUUGUUAAAGAAGGCACUGCCCCAAAUUACAGCGUAAGCGUGGAUCGCCCAUGGACGCCUCCAGCAGUUCCAAGCCUCCCAAAACCUAGCGAGCUAUGUAAAUAUUUAAAGCAUGCCAACUUCAGGGUCUUUGUGUGCAUUGAAAUAAAGCUGCCGUAGUUUCAGUAA